CCUGUAAAAAGAUUUUUAUCAUGAAUUAUCAAUGAAUCUCUAAUUUAAAAGCCACGCAGCUCUCAAAAAACUAAGAUAACAGAUCAUUUCAGAGGAUUUUACAUAAAACUGUGAUUAUCAGGGAUAUUUUUUCAACUAAGUGACCCUGCACGACAAAAUUGGCUGGAAUUAUACCCACAAACUUUGCUCGCUGAUGCCCGCUCUUUGGGAAUUUAUUUUAUUGACUAAAAAUGAAUUAGAUCUUGAUUUCUUAGGAUCAAGUAUAUAGCAGUAUUUGAGGUCUGAAAACAUAUUUUUAUUUUAUGUUAUUUUGUCUUUUUUUGUAAAAAAAAAAUUCUGCAAACAAAUGCACAUAGUUUAGAGAAAUAUGGUCACUAGCUUAUUGAGACAAAAAUGAUUGGUUUACCUCAACUACAAUUAAACCGUUUAGUAUGUAAUGAAAAGAUAUUAAUGAAAAGAUGAAAAGAUAUUAAUAAUUUCUUUAUGCCAUUUAAAAAGAAAUCACAGCCAUAUUUAGAGCCUUUUUUAUUUCGUGGCUUAUUGAUAAAAAGCCCAAUCUUUAUUCUUUACUGAUAUGAUCACAAAAAGUUUCACUUUAUUAGCGUGUCGUUUUUGCAUCAGCACCCGGGAAGUGAAGUUGAGUGAGUUCAUUGUUACAGUGUUGGCUGGACAACUGAGUGGGCUGAGAGCAGUUUCCUGUCUAAGAUUUUCUUCGGAGAAGGAGAGCAUUGACUGAUAGCAAAGAAUUCAUGAUUUCCUCCAAAAAGUGCAAUGAAGGUCUUUAAGAAGGCAGCAUAAGUGAGUGGGAAUUUCAUUGGAGAAGAGGGAAUAUCUGAAAUCUAUCCAUGGGCAUGAUAACAGUCAACCAUACCGUGAGCUACAUGAUCGAACCGCUGGCUAACCAAACACGCUCUCAGGGACAUGCUGUAUACAACACUCAGAACCUGAAACUAUCGGAGGGCACCUGCGGACAUCACCAUGGAGACGGGAAUCACACGGAAAGCCUUCAAGAGCUGAUGGAUGUAAUUGCGCAUCAUGGGCACAGGGACAGAAGAGAUGUCAGCAGCAGCAGGAAAUAUGUAGAGCUGAUGGUGGUGGCGGAUCAUGCUGAGUUUGUCAAACAUGGUCGAGACCUUGAAAGGACCAAGGCGAAGCUGCUCGAAGCUGCUAACUUUGUGGAUAAGUACUACAAAGCACUGAACAUCCGUGUGGCACUGAUCUGGCUGGAGAUCUGGAACCAUCAAGACAAGAUCAUCGUGACUGAUAACCCCUACAGCACCCUGGCCGCAUUUCUGACCUGGAGGAGGAAACAGCUCCCAAAUCUGCCCAAUGACAAUGCUCAGCUUAUAACGGGUGUUUCGUUUCAAGGCACCAUCAUUGGUCUUGCCCCUCUUAAAGCCAUGUGUUCUGAAUACCAGUCAGGUGGAGUCAACUCGGACCACUCUGACAUCGCGGUUGGCAUCGCCGCCACCAUGGCUCAUGAGAUGGGGCAUAACUUUGGCAUGAACCAUGACCCUAAAGGCUGCUGUCUCACUCAGCCUGAGGACGGCGGCUGCAUCAUGGCUGCUGCGACAGGGGAUCCGUUUCCUCGUGUCUUUAACCCGUGCAACCAAAGGGAGCUGAACGGGUACCUGAACUCGGGCGGAGGGAAGUGUUUGUUCAACCCUCCCAACACCAGAGUGAUGUACGGAGGUCAUCGAUGUGGAAACGGAUAUUUGGAGGAAGGAGAAGAUUGUGACUGCGGAGCAGUGGAGGAGUGUUCCAGUCCGUGUUGUAAUGCCAACAACUGCACGCUGAAGAUCGGAGCGGAGUGUGCGCAUGGAGUUUGCUGUCAUGAGUGCAAGCUGAAUAGCCCAGGAGUGAUGUGCCGACCUCCAUCAGGUUUAUGUGACCUGCCGGAAUACUGUGAUGGGAAAUCAGAGUCCUGCCCGGCUAACUUGUACCUUAUGGAUGGCAGCAGUUGUGCGAGGGGCAAGUCCUACUGUUACACGGGCAUGUGUCUGACCCUGGAGCAACAGUGCCUCUCUCUCUGGGGCAAAGAUGCCCUUCCUGCUCCUGAUCUUUGCUUUACUAAAGUAAAUGAAGCUGGUGAUUCGUAUGGAAACUGUGGAAGAGAUCUGAUGGGUACAUACAGGAGCUGCAAUGAGAGAAAUGCUAAGUGCGGGAAGAUUCAGUGCCUGAGUUCUGCCAGUAAACCUAUAGAGUCCAACGCUGUGGCUAUUGACACCAACAUUCAGACUGGAGCAGAAGAUAAGAAGAUCUUAUGCAGAGGGACACAUGUUUACCGGAAUGGACAAGGUGACACUCUAGACCCAGGUUUGGUUCUGACCGGGACCAAAUGUGGGGACAAUGCGAUGUGUUUUGAAGGUGAAUGCCGCAAUGCAUCGUUCCUACAAACAGAUGAAUGCAAUGCCAAAUGUCAUGGUAAAGGGCAUUGCAAUAACAACCACAACUGUCAUUGUAACUCGGGAUGGGCACCACCAUUUUGUGAUAAAUCUGGUUCAGGAGGGAGUGUUGACAGCGGGCCUGUGAUCACACACAGCAGCUUUUAUCUUGUGCUGGUCGUCUUUAUUGUGGUUCUUAUUUUGGGUUUGGCUGUUCUUGUUGUCGGUUGGUAUUGCUGUAGAAAGAAGCCCCACCCUAACAAAGGCAGCGUCUCUCCAAAGAAACAAAUACGCAUCAAUGUUCCAGAUCCCCACGAGUCAGAAAGUCGUAAGGCGGGUCACACCAACCCAGUGUUCCAGUCAAAGAAACCAAACGCUGAUGAACAGAAGGUCAGUCCUCCUAGUUCAUCCAGAUCCAGAAAUUCUGUGGUCCGUCCCGCUGUAAAACCUCCUCCAAUCCCAGCCUACACCCAAAAUCUGCAUUCAGAGACCCGACCAUCCCCAUCAGUUCCUCCCAAGACAAGACCAGGCCCUCCCAACAGACCCCCUCCGCCCUGUCCCGUGACCAAACCUUCCCGAACCCCAGAGACAUUUCCUAAGAAUGGGUUGCCAGUGUCAGCAGCCAUACUGCAGAAUGGAAAGUUCAAUCUAACGCCCCCUUGUGGACAUUUGCAAAAUGUCAGGUACCAAAGGGACAUUUCUGGAAAGAGUUGAGUCUCAGCGAUGCUCACCAAUCAGGUCUGCACUUUUUAAGAUGUCAUUAAGAGUGACCAAUCCGAACGCCUCACUCAAAGUGAUGCCCGCCUUACUGAUUCCGAACAGAAUUGUGGAAACCUGUAAACUUUGGCUUUACCCCGUACACUUCCUCUGUUCCGGUGCCAUAUUCCAUUUCUUAUUUUAUGUGUAUUUAUCAUUUGGACAUCAGAAGAAAUUAAGUAGGGCAUUCUAAUUUAAUAAGAGCAUGGGCCAUUUGAAGCAAGCAAGAAUAUGAAUUAUACAUUUUUGCACGAAGAAUCAUAUAAAUAGAGUAAAGUGUAUGAUGGAAUAGCUGCAUAUGAUAUUUACAGUCUGUCUCUGGUUCGUAUGUAACAGGUUCAUCAUUAACCUGCACUGCCUAUUAUUGUUGAGUACUGUGUUAAUCUGUACUCAGGAAAUUUAUCUUUAAAGUAGAACGAAGAUAAGGUCAUAAAGAUGUUUUUAUAGCAAUAAUUCUUUAAAAAACACAGAUGAACUACAGAUGGACUGUAUGGCAGUGUGUUCUGUGUUAAUGUGUGUAUAUACUGCUACUGUACCGUAACAGGUAAAACUUACCUGUAUGGGGUGUUUGCAAUGAUGCUGGAUAUUGUUUAGACUACUCCUGGUGCUUUGGUUCUAACAUCUCAUGUGGGAGAACAACCUUUUGAAAUAUCACUUGAUUCAUUGUGCUUCUUAACAAGGGCAUUAACCCAGGGAAUGUGUCUUGGGUUUAAAUACCUUAAUCAUGCGUAUCCUAAAUUUUUACUUCUUUUUUGUACUUGCAUUUUGAGAAGAAAAUGGUCAAAUAUUGUUUGUUUUAUCUUUAUAGUUUGGGGCAAAUGAUGAUAAAUGCACCUCUCAAGCUUCAUUGUUUUAAGCGACUGUGACCAAUACUGUAUUUCGGCCUUUUAAAGGGUCAAACUGUUAUUUAUUUAUAGUGUAAAGAUGCAAUGAUGCCUUAAUGAAACGGAUCAACAUUACAUGAAUGCUGUUAUUGAUAAUGUUUAUUAGAAAAGGUUGGCUUAUGUCAAAUUGGCCCGAUAUUGCAGACUGCAUAGGAACAGGAAAACUGCACUGCGAUUUUCAUUUGGUCUUGAUUUCGGUUUACAAUCACUUAAAGUCAUUUCCUCCUAUGCAAAAUAGGCUGUAAUACAGUGCCUUCCAUGUCAUAUCAGAAAUAAAUUUCCAUCAGCGAUCGUGAUGUUUCCCGUUGUAUUUUUGACUGGAACGGCAUGUACAUGUACUAAUAUAGCUAUCUGAUAAACAGUUUGUUCUUUGUGUGUCAUAAAACGGCAUGUUUCUCAACAUUGUGGUUGAGAAACAUUUGAGAAGGGGUUGGGAAAUGACAAAUUUCACAUGUCAGGGCAGGGCACUUGCCAUAAUUGUCAUUUUUAAAUAAAGAAAACAGAGUAUGUGUGUUUAACACAUCUAAACCUUUUUAUAUUUUUGAUUUAUAAAUCUGCUAAA